AUGACAACAGCAGCAGCAGCAAUGCAGCAGCCACCAACAGCGCGUCACUGUCAUGCCACAAAUCCGUCGCGAUUUCCACUGCAACUCAAUGCCAAGCGGCAUUGUGACAAUUUUGGCAGCUAUACAACAUUGCCCAGCAUUGAGCAUCAGCAGCAGCAGCAGCUCCAUCAUUCGCAGAUCAUCAGCGCUGGCUGCAGUCGACAUUGUGGGGCAGCAGCAGCGGCAGCAGCAGCCACCGCACAUCCUGAGCCACCAUUGCCACCAGCAGCUGCCUCUUCUCGUUGGUAUGGCCCAAGCAAUGCCAAUCCCAAUUUGAAUGCCUGUUGUUACAUGUACAAUCCCACGCCCCCCCAAUACGCCCCACAGCUCUGCGCUUGCGAUGGUUGGUAUCAGCAGCAACAGCAGCAGCAGCAUAAUCACCACCCACACCAACACCAUCAGCAGCAGCAGCACCAUCACCAGCAGCAAUUAAGGAGCAUCCAGCCACCGCCCAAACCACUUAUGCCAAAUGGCGGCUGCUACUUGGGCUUCGAUGCCCAUCAUCCCUCUCACAUCACCGACGAGGAGGACUCCGCCUUUCCCGCACUAGCCGAUCGUGAGUUUCAUUUGUUGCAUCGCAAUAUUCCGGCACUGCGUCGCACAGGUGUCGACACAACGCGUAUACGACAGUACUUUUAUCCGGAUGGCGGCUGGGGCUGGAUCAUUUGUGGCGUGUCCUUUCUGGUUCACAUUCUAACCACUGGCCUUCAGUUGAGCUACGGCCUGUUGUUGUUUUAUGCUGUUCAGCAUUUGCAUAACACAAGUGGCAUAGAGCUUCUGGGCGCACUAAGCUGGUCCAUCUCGAUGCUGGCCAUACCGUUUGUGGUUUCGUUGUGCCGUAAGCGUUCCAUACGGCUGCUUUCGAUUGUGGGUGGCUUGGUCAUGCCGUUGGGCAUUCUGUUCACUUCAUUUGCCACGGAAUUCGGACAGGUUGUUUUCAGUUAUGGCAUCGUGUUUGGCAUUGGGGUUUCCAUGGUGCGUGAAGCAUCCACCGUGAUGCUGGGCAAUUACUUUAAGCGUCGACGGCAAUUCGUUGAAAUGGUGGCCAUGUCCGGCGAGGGCGUUGGCAUUGCUUUGUUCUCCGUCAUCCUUAAAGAGGGCGUAGGCAAGGCCGGCUGGCGCCUGGGUCUGCAAAUCGUUGCCGCACUAACGGCGCUCAGCUUUUUCAUGGGUCUCAUGUAUCGACCAGCAUCCCUAUAUCAUCCGCAGCGUCGUGCCAUACAGCACUUGAAAAAUCAGCGCAAAAAACUACGCGAAAAGAAGCCAAAGCUGACGCAUGAAGUGGAAUCGCCAACGAGAUAUUUAUUUUUGGACAUAUCAUCGCUAAAAUCAGUAACAGUUAAAAUUCUAUUGAUGACCUCCAGCGUGGCGGCAUUCGGCAUUUAUACGCCCAUGUUCCUUAUGGCCCUCAAUGCUGCCAAGGAGGGUUCCGAUGUGCAGGAGCUGGUGCUGCUUCAAACAUUUCUGGGCAUCUCCAUGGCUUUGGGCGUGGUCCUUGCCGGAGCUCUGCUGCGUCGCUGCUUUGUGAUUCGACAUUUUGUGAUCAAUUCCAAAAUUGUUGCUCAGCUAUUUAUAUCGAUUGUUGCGCUGGCCAUUUUAUUCCUAUCCUUUGUCAUGGGCUACAAGGGCCUCUGUAUACUCAGCUGGCUCUACGGCAUUGGCCUGGGUGGCUUUCAGUACUCACUGAAGAUUUUGGCACUGGAACGCAUUAAGCUGAAGCAUUUCUCCAAGGCUUGGGGCUUUAUACGCGGCGUGGAGUCGGUGCCUGUGCUCAUUAGCGUGCCCCUCACCUCGUUUCUCAAUGAUUACUCUUUGAAAUAUGGGCGUGCUGGCUAUUAUAUUUGCUCAGCUGCCGCAGCCAUCUCGGGCAUAAUCAUCUUCUUCAUCAGCGAACCCCAGGAGCAACACCAGCAGCAGCAGCAGCAACAGCAGCAGCGCGGACAUCUCAAUGGUCAUCUACCCACACCAAUGUUGAUGAGACACUCCUCGGUGCGCCAUAAUCGUCCUAAUCUGCAUAUGGACUAUGGCUAUGGCGAGUAUCCUGCACCAGAUUUGCUAAGUCGCAGCUGCAUUAGUCUCAAUCAAAUGGAGCCCUAUCUGCAGGCCAACAAUUCCCAUUACUGCCAACGUCACAUGCAUCAGCAGCCACUCCAUCUGCCACAACAUCAUCACUUGACUGCUCAGCACAAUCAUGCUCAUCCCACCCAAGCCCAUGCCCAUCCCCAACAGCUGACCUGUCACAAUCUUGACUUGCAGCAGGGACGCUCCCCCUACCAGCUUGGCCAGGGCAGCAUUGGCGCCAAAAUGGGCAAGCGACUGCAGCGCAGCCUUUCCUUUAUCCAGCAGCACAAUUGCUGCGAUGGCCAAAUGUACUGCAGCUGGCAUAGCACCUACGAACUCGGCUGCCGCAAAUCGCCCAAAUCUCAAGACCGGCAGCCACUCAUAUGUACUUGCAGUCCCAAUUCGACAACGUAUGGCGGAGGUGGAGGUGGAGGCAGUUCAGCACGCAGUCGCAGCGUGCCUGAGGGCCUAUCCACAAUGUCGCAGCAGUGUAACUGCCGUCAUGGGGCAGGCGUGCCAGCAGUGGCCCCCUCCCGUGAGUUCAUCUACGUGCCGCACGCCUACGCCUCGCUGCAGAGGACGCCACAUCGACAGAAUCGGACAGCUGGAGCGGGAGCAGGAGCGGGUGCGGGUGCGGGAGUCGGGACUGUCGGAGGUGCCAGCAGCUGUCUGGCAUCAAGAAACAGCCAUCCGCAGUGCCGGCUAAAGCGUUCGCAAUCGCUGUGCCGACCCGUGCACUUUGUGGAGCAAAUCACCACUUCGGUGUAGGGGGGUAGUUUAAUCGCCUAGCAUAUUUUGUAGUUGUACUCCAGUUACGUGAAUCGAAUUCCAAAUUGUCACAUCUCUCUAGUCUUUUGUCGUUAGUUAGUAGCACGUUUAGUCCAAGUCCAAGUCCAAGUCGCAACUGUAACUGAAAUCCCACAUGCAAAAAAAGAAAAAAGAGAAAAAGAAUACAAAACGAAAGGAAACAAAACCAAUGCAACUUGAUGAAUUUUCUAAAUCUAUAAACCUAUUAUUAUACUACAAUACUAUUCUAUGCGGUUUCAGCGCAUUGAGAUCGUCGAUUUCUAACCAUACAAAUAUUUAUAACAAAUAAAACACACACA